AUGUAUGCUAUUGGGAAGCGACUAUUUGGUUUCCUAUGCACGGUACUGCUACUAAGCAGGACUGUUCUAGGUGUCGCGAAGUUUGUUAACCCAAAGGGCCCGGAUGGAACCGUGACUCUCACGCUGGGCGAAAAAUUCUUAGUUAGCUGGCAAAAUGCGGGAUCAGAUUACUCGCAACUAUCGUUGGGUCUUAAGGCACAAUCAAAUGGAAUGAUUUCCUGGCUCAUUGAGAAUGACUUAAAAUAUACGACCCAGAGCUACCUAUUCAAUGUGAACAUAGGAAAUAAUAUAAAACUAUCCCAAGGGCAUAUAUUCUCCCUUCUACUCGUCAACGGGUCGAACUCUGGACUGAAAGCAGUGAGCCCGCUCUUCACGAUCGCAACAGCGUCGUCGUCAUCCACUAAGAAGGCUACCCCUAAGACCACGACCACUUCAUCCAAAAGAACUACCUCAACUACUUCAGCAUCGUCUACCUCCGCUUCUACCUUGCCAGAAACUUCUUCAACCUCAUCAAUUGAAUCUACAACUUCGGCAGAACCGGUAGAACCAUCCGAACCGACAGACGCUGCAUCCACGACCGAUGACACUCCACAAGCUAUCGAAGCCACCCCAACGCCAUCAAUUUCUUCCGCUCCUACAACCAAGGAUACAUCUGCUACUUCUUCCGGCCUAUCUACUGGCGCUAAGGCAGGCUUAGGAGUCGGUAUCUUCGUCGGAGUCGCUCUUCUCAUCGUCGCCGCCGCCUUGGUGUUCCGGUCUAGAAGGAAAGCCAAAGACAGGGAUGAUGACAAUCUUACAUACCCACUCCAACCAUCUGCGGGCAAGCAGGAUUAUUCAGGUGAAGUUUCACCGCCUGAAGAACCGGACCAGCCUCCAGCCCCGGUAUAUCAGUCUCCAGCUCCGGUAUAUCAACCGUACCGGAAGUCCCAACUGCCUCACGAGGUUCAUGAGAUUUCAUCAACGCAGAAGAUACCUGGACUUCAUGAGCUUCCGGCGGGUUACUGA